AUGGCACAUCUUGAAUCAGUUUUGCCCAUAAAUAAGCUACAAGGCAAAGUUGCAAUUGUCACUGGUGGCGCAGGCGGCAUCGGGGAGGCCACAGCCCAUGCUUUUGCCAAUCAUGGUGCACGAGCGGUUGUGAUUGUUGACGUCCAAGAUGAGAAAGGUCGAGCAGUGGUGGAAUCCAUUGGCUCGGAGAGGUGCAGCUAUGUGCACUGCGAUGUCAGUGAUGAAGAACAAGUGAAGGACAUGGUUGAUUGGACUGUUCAAAAAUAUGGUCAACUGGAUAUCAUGUUUAGUAACGCGGGAAUAGCGAGUAAGUCCGAUCAAAAACUACUCGAUCUUGAUUUCUCACAAUUUGAUCGGUUGUUUAAGGUCAACGUACGAGGUAUGGCUAUUUGCGUAAAGCAUGCUGCACUUGCAAUGGUGGCGAAAGGUGUAAAGGGGACCAUCGUGUGUACUGCAAGUGCGGUGGUCGACAACUGGAGGGGGGCGACAAACAUGACCGACUACAUCAUGUCCAAGAAUGCUGUAUUGGGUUUGGUACGAACAGCUAGUCAACAACUUGGGGUUCAUGGAAUUAGGGUUAAUAGUGUAUCACCAACUGCCAUCGCUACAUCAAUAACUGUAGACACGGGCUUGACGACAAGCGAGGUAGUAGAAAAGGUAUUUGGACCAUUCACUUCUUUGAAAGGAUUAACAUUGACGGUCGAACAUAUAGCAGAUGUAGUACUAUUCCUAGUUUCUAAUGACUCUGCAUUUGUUACCGGCCAUGACAUAGUGGUGGAUGGUGGGUUGAUUAGUCUUCCCCAUCUCAACUUUUAG